CUUGCUUGCGGACGGUAGUGCACUUCCCAAAUCCACAGUUAUAACGAGUACUGUAUCCCAUUUUCGACGAUUGGACGAGUAUCCCAUUUUCGCAUGUGUAAAUUUCUCCCGAAUUUUGUUGUUUGUGACCGUUUGGCCUUGUGGACCGAUAAGUGCCAGAACUAGUCUUGGUGCUGCCGAUUACACUCACUCCAACGGGUUUCUUCAUGUGAUCUGGAUCAGUAAGUACUUCGGUCAUUGAUCGUGGCUACCAUGUAUCAGUGAUUCAUGGUAUCUUAUUCCAUGUUAUUUUGAAUAAGCCUGAUUGUGAGCUACAAAAUAUUCGUUGAUAUCCUGAAUCCUGAUUGCGGCCCCGGUCAAGAUUUUGGACUGGGAUAUCACCGUCGGCAGUAAGCAUUGAUUUCUGGGGGGUGUUCUUGAUCUCUACUUCCUGGAAUCCGAAGACAUGACUCAGCCUGAGCCUGCUAGGAUUACGGAAACUGACACAGUUUAUUUAACAGUUCGUCACAAGAAGAAAACUAUUAUGUUUUUUUGCAAGGAGACUGACACUGUUCACCGGGUGAAAUUGACUCUGCUGCCCCUGGUGAAGGCUACGCCAGAGAACCAGCGAUUAUACUACGGAAGUUACGGGAGUAAUUACGGGCAUAUGGAGGAUGGAAUGCUCCUGUCACAGUGUGGGAUUACAUCACUGAACGCAAAAGCACAGCAGCCUGCCGAGUUGGCGCUCGUUCUGCGGGAAGACAGUGGACAGUUCGAAGCGGUGGACAUUGUACCAUAUUCGACGCCGCCUCCAUUGCCGGAUGUGAUGCAGGCCAAGGAACCGCAGGCAUAACGGUUUACGUGGAUCGUUUCUAUCUAGGCAUAUGUUAGCUCGUUUUCUGGGCGGGAUAUCAGAUAUUUUGUUGGAUGUUAAAUGCAGAAAUAGGUGCACCUGAGCUUUGAAGAAUGUUAUAUCUUUGCGGACCGCAUGGCUAUCCACAAUUGUAUUAACUACGAGAACAACUGCGUGAACGGCAUCGUUAUCGGCGACAACUUAUCGCUGACAGAUUCUGUUUCUGUCUUCGAUUGAUAUUUUGUUUUCUAUAUGGGAAAAUGAAAUAGUUUUCAGGAACUUGACUUUGGAACGGUUUUGAUUGCGAUGAAAUAGUUCAUGAAAAUUU